AUGGUCCUGGACAGCGCCAUUGCACUGCUGAUACUCUCUUCAAAUUUCCCAAGAAUCCACCAAGACCAACUGCCCCCGCCUCAAAUGGUUAAUAACAGCUUUGUCAAUGAGAUUGUGAGCAGCAUUCAUGAACUCUACCAGUUUAAGAAUUUCGUUUUCUAUACAUCGAGGCGCCUGGCCCUAGACACAGAGAUUUCCAAUGAUUUCUUUCAUGAUUUUUGGGAGACUUUUCCCUUAGUGUCAUCGAUUUUGAUGGUCAACAAUAACCAGAGUAUGGCUGGCUUUCUCAGUACACCCACGUUGUGUUUGAUAAUGACCACAGGUUUCGAUGAUCCCAUUAUGAAGUUGGCCGCGGAGGGCAUGAGAGGGGUACGUUUCCUCAAGACCAUAUUCGUAUAUUUUCCCAUUCUCUCUUCGGAAGAAUAUUACCACAGCUUAAAGGAUUACAAUGGCUUCUCUGAGAGCAUACGACGCUUAUAUGCCUGGAUAUGGCGCAAGCAGUUCAUCAAUUGCCUGCUGAUGACAGUGGAUAACAAUAUCUUCAUACACGAACCCUAUCCCACUCUAGAAAUAAUCAACGUGACCUCAAGUUGGAACAGUUCUACUUUCUUCGUAGAUUACAGCACCGAUUUCAAAGGUUAUGCCAUCAACUCGCCCAUACGCUAUGAUCUGCCGCGAGUCUUUUACAUGACCGGCCCCCGCUAUGGCCUGGGCAAAAAGAAGCCCCAUGUAAGUGGAGCAACGGGAAAACUAUUCAUGGUCUUUGUGGAGCACAUUAAGGCGAGCUACAACGAAAGCCAAACCGAUGGCCAUGAAUAUGACCCGGUGGAUCUGCCAGAAACCAUUAAAAUGAUUGAGCUAAAUCAGCUAGAGAUCAGCAUGAAUUCGUAUACCGAAUACAUUGCCACGAAUAUUGGCAGCAGCUAUCCCAUAGGCAUCAAUGACUGGUGUAUGAUGGUGCCCAACCGCAUCGCAACACCUGCCCAUAACUUUCUACAAAGGAGUUUCCGCGGUUACACCUGGUUUUUGGUGUCGUUCAGCAUAUUCUACAUAGCACUGAGCAUUUGGCUAUUCACUCCGCCUCCGAAACGCGACAUCAGUUUGUCCCUUUUACAGGCCAUAUGCUCAAUGCUGCUGAUCUCACCUCUGAGGGUCUUAAAAGGGCCAAGCUUACGCAUACGCCUAAUAUUCGUAAUGCUCUUCAUCAUGGGUUUCUUUGUCACCAAUUUGUAUCUGACUAAAAUGGCCAGUUUUCUGACAUCCUCGCCGGAGGUACCACAAAUUAAUUCAAUGCAGGAUGUGGUCGACGCCAAAUUGCCCAUCAUGGUAACGACCUUUGAAUAUGAGAGUAUGUUGUCGAAGAAUUUCCCUACCGAGUUUAUGGCUCUAAUGGUGCCGGUGAGCAAGGGGGAAAUGGACAAACAUCGUGAUCAAUUCAACAAAUCCUUUGGCUACAGCACUCAGACGGAUCGUUGGCGUUUUCUCAGCAUUCAGCAACGCUUUAUGAAAGAACCCAUGUUUCGCCUCUCUAAGAUAUGCAUGGGACCCUUCUACCACAUAAUACCCAUACAAAGGGAUUCGCAUUUCUCUAGGCCAUUAAGGAAAUUCAUGAUGUCAGCUUUUCAAUAUGGUCUAAUGUCCCAUUGGAACUAUGAAGCCUUUGCUGACGCCCUCUAUAUGAAGUAUGUCAAGGUGAUUUUGGAACACGAAACCGUUGAACCAUUGAGUCUAACAUACUUUCGUUCAAUUUGGAUCAUAUGGUUAAUUGGUUUGAUACUCUCCACUCUGGCCUUCUGUGUGGAGCUUAAAUGGCAUCUCUGGCAGCAGAACAAAAUAAAUUUGAAGAAUCUUUACCAAAACUUGAGACAGUUUAAAUGGUUAAAAUUUAAAAAAUAA